AUGAACUACAAUAUUUGUAGCAUCCCAUCAUGCCACGAAAAGCCUAAAUACAUUUGCGACUGCCAGGCUGAAAAGUUAGUUUUUUGCAAACGACAUAAAAAAUCCCAUUCCAAUUCUAGCCCUUUAACUCACAGGUUUGAAUACCUAUAUCGUGAGCCUGUCAAGCCCAGCCCAGAUAAGCAUUUUGCGAUCUUUUCAAGAAGAAAAAUCAAAAAUAAACAAUAUUAA